GGGUAGGAUCUCAACGAGGACUGGAAUUUGCUCUUGCAAAAACUGGUGCGUGUGAGUCACACUGCAGCCAAGGGGAGCAGAUGUGAGAUGGCUGCAGUCGGCCCUGCAGCAUCCCCUGUUGUCUGUCGUGUGAGCAUCAGCCGGGCAGGUCCAAAUGCCACACGGGGCUGACAGUGCUGCUGCUUCCAGGGCUGUGAAGGCAGAAGCCAGAUUUGAUCACUUUAGAAUCUGAGGAGCUGAGUGAAACUAUUUUCUUACAUUUGUUUCAUUUUCAGCAGCCAGGAUCGCGUUGGGAACAUCAUCUCCUGCAUCCUCAUUGCUCCAACGCUCGCUGUCAGAUAAAGAGGUCGGUGGGUUCUACCCGUGCAGGGAGACACGUGGAGCAGCCCCGGUUAUCUUGGAGCGGUGACACCGCAAUGCAGGCAGGCAGAGCAGAAGAGCUGCGCACAAACUGCCGCGUCGGCAGCGCUCCGUGGGUCGGGGCAAAGGUUUCCUUCUGCAGAGAUGUGGAGCGUCAUGUCUGCUCAGGAGCAAAAUCCGACGGUGCCCUCGCGGACCGCUCCCGAAGCUGCGGAGUGGGACGCGGGGAACGGGUACGAAGCGGUCGCUCCGCAUUGGUUUUACUGCAAGGUGACCGGCGGGAGGGAGCGGUGGCUGCCGUUCAGCAUUCAGGACUCGGAGCGGCUGGAAGAGGCUCACGGUGCAGGGAAGGAUAAAGGAGAUGUGGUUGUCCCGACGUCGGGCGGGAGGUACGACGUGCACCUGAAGCAGAGGCAGCGCCUGGCAGUGUUCUGGGAGGAGGAGGCAUCCGAGGUGCGCCGCUGCACCUGGUUCUACAAAGGGGACAAGGACAACAAAUACGUCCCCUACUCGGAGAGUUUCAGCCAGGAAUUGGAGGAAGCGUACAUGAUUGCCGUAACCCUGGAUGAGUGGAAGAAGAAGCUGGAAUCCCCAAGCAGAGAAGUCAUCAUUUUGCACAACCCCAAGCUGAUGGUGCACUACCACCCCGUUGCCACCUCCGACGACUGGGGCUCAACUCCUACGGAACAAGGGCGACCUCGGACUGUGAAGAGAGGAGUGGAGAACAUCGCUGCUGAGAUCCCCAACGGAGAACCUCUGCAGAUCGACCACCUGGUUUUUGUGGUGCAUGGGAUCGGCCCAGCCUGUGACAUCCGCUUCAGGAGCAUCGUGCAGUGCGUCAACGACUUCAGGAGCGUUUCCCUGAGCAUGCUGCAAGCACACUUCAGGAAGGCACAGGAGCAGCAGCAGAUUGGCCGGGUGGAGUUCCUGCCUGUCAACUGGCACAGCUCCCUGCACUCCACCGGUGUGGACGUGGAUCUGGAGCGAAUCACUUUGCCGAGCAUCAGCCGCCUGCGUCACUUCAUCAACGACACCAUCCUGGAUGCUUUCUUCUACAACAGUUCCACCUAUUGCCAGACCAUCCUGGACACGGUGGCCUCGGAAAUGAACCGCCUCUAUCUGCUCUUCCUGCAGAGGAACCCAGACUUUAAAGGGGGGGUUUCCAUUGCAGGUCACAGCUUGGGGUCCCUCAUUUUGUUUGAUCUCCUGACGAACCAGAAGGCUGCUCCUGAGGAUGAGCACAGCAGGGAGGUACGAGAUCUGCAGCUGAGCACGGGUGUUCCCAUGCACCUGCAAGGCAGUGGGGAAGGCAGAGAAACUCCGAAAUGCACCAAGAGAAAAAAGCACAAUCCCCGUGGGCUUUGUUUGCAGGAAUCCAAGGAAACUUCAAGCAGCAGGGGUGCUGAGGAAGUAAAAGAAAUCCUGAAGAAGUUGGAUCUGUCUGAGUACUGUCCUGCUUUUGAGAAGGAGAAAAUAGAUGGGGAAGCGCUGCUCUUGUGCGGAGAGAAGAACCUUGAAGAAAUGGGAAUUCCCUUAGGACCACGAAUGAAGCUCCUCCAUUACAUCAGCUCCAGGAGGGAGAUGCAGGACACCAGAGAACACAGCACUGCCAGGCAGCACAGCACCGCUGCCAGCAGGGACAGCCCAUACCCAGACAUCAGCCUGGGGCAGGUCUCUGCCAACUACCCUCAGCUGCUCUACAAGCCCGCCAUCUUCUUUGCUUUUGGCUCUCCCAUUGGGAUGUUCCUCACGGUGCGAGGAGUGAAGCGAAUCAACCCAGAUUACAGCCUGCCCACCUGCAAGGGCUUCUUCAACAUCUUCCACCCCUUUGACCCGGUGGCAUACAGGAUUGAGCCCAUGAUUGUCCCAGAUCUGGAAUUUGAGCCCAUGCUGCUCCCACACCACAAAGGCAGGAAGAGGAUGCACCUCGAGCUGAAAGAAGGGCUGACACGUAUGAGCGUGGAUCUGAAGAACAACCUGCUGGGGUCCCUGCGGGUGGCCUGGCAGUCCUUCACCCGCGCCCCGUUGGCAGCUGUGGAGGGAACAAGCAGUGAGGGGGAGGCAGAGACAGAGGCGAGCACAGAAAAGCAGCCAGAUCCAAAGCCAGAAGAGGCCCCGGCGCCAGCAAAGGAUGAUCCCUCCCUCAUUAACGUGGGGAAGCUGAACGGGGGGAAUCGCAUCGACUACGUGCUCCAGGAAAAGCCCAUUGAGAGCUUUAAUGAAUAUUUAUUUGCACUGCAAGGGCACCUCUGCUACUGGGAGUCAGAGGACACUGUUCUGCUGGUUCUGAAGGAGAUCUACCAGACAAUAGGUGUUACAUUGGACCAACCUUUGCCAGGAAGCCAAUGACCACCCCGUGCUGUUCAACCACUUCUUAUACAAUUGAAUUGAGUACUCACCAGGAAAGUUCAGAUUUCUUCUCUGCCUUCCUCUCUCCUCUGCUGCUGUGCCCCGCAUGCUGCUUCCCCAGUACUUGCUGCUGCCUGGAGAUAAAGAUGGUUUUCCUCCAUUUUGGCCUCCAACCUCCUCCCAGCCCAAAGGAACUGAAGCUGUUCAUUUACUUGACUGCAGAAGCAGACAUUCUGCUCCUUCACAGUCUGAGUUACCGAUUGCUAAACGCCUCCUAUGGGAGUAAGAAAAGGAACAGUCUUAACAUGGGACACUCGUGACCAGCUUUUUAAGUUAUGCACUUUGUUUAAAAAAAAAGGAUUAAAUACGUUUUAAAUGUUA